AUCUACCACGACGGCGAGGACACCAAGAUGAUUGUGGGCGAGGAGAAGAAGUUCUUGCUGCCCUUCUGGCUGCAGGUCAUCUUCAUCUCGCUCCUCCUCUGCCUCUCAGGCAUGUUCAGCGGCCUCAACCUGGGCCUCAUGGCCCUGGACCCCAUGGAGCUGCGCAUUGUGCAGAACUGUGGCACAGACAAAGAGAAGAACUAUGCCAAGCGCAUCGAGCCAGUGCGGCGCCAGGGCAACUACCUGCUCUGCUCCCUCCUGCUGGGCAACGUCCUGGUCAACACCACGCUUACCAUCCUGUUGGACGACAACGCUGGCUCCGGGCUGGUGGCCGUGGUGGUCUCCACCAUCGGUAUCGUCAUCUUCGGCGAGAUCGUGCCGCAGGCCAUUUGCUCUCGGCACGGCCUGGCCGUGGGCGCCAACACCAUCUUCCUCACCAAGUUUUUCAUGAUGAUGACCUUCCCGGCCUCCUACCCUGUCAGCAAAUUGCUGGACUGUGUCCUGGGCCAGGAGAUCGGCACGGUCUAUAACCGUGAGAAGUUGUUGGAGAUGCUGCGGGUCACCGACCCUUAUAAUGAUCUAGUCAAGGAGGAGCUCAACAUUAUCCAAGGAGCCCUGGAGCUGCGCACCAAGACGGUGGAGGACGUGAUGACUCCCCUCCGAGACUGCUUCAUGAUCGCUGCGGAGGCUGUGCUCGACUUCAACACUAUGUCUGAGAUCAUGGAGAGCGGUUAUACCCGCAUCCCCGUUUUCGAGGGUGACCGCUCCAACAUCGUGGACCUGCUCUUUGUUAAGGACCUGGCUUUUGUGGACCCCGAUGACUGCACUCCGCUCAAGACCAUCACCCGCUUCUACAACCAUCCGCUGCACUUUGUCUUCAACGACACCAAGCUUGAUGCCAUGCUGGAGGAGUUCAAGAAAGGUGGGCUCGUGUCUGUGGCGGGGGCGUAG